AUGGAUGCAGAUCCCACGAAAUAUAUUGUCACACUGAAGUAUUCAGUUCCUGUGUCCUCAUCUGUUUGUAAGCACAUAAGGGUUGAAGACAGUGAUGAUGUUCAAUAUUUUCUAAAGUACAACACAAAUGUUAUGGCCUCUAAAGUAACCCCUUUAGUAGCAAGCUUGAAAAAUAUCAAAGGUCAUGGUAUUGAAGGGUGCAAUGGCAUUGUAAGCAUUGAGAGUAGCAAUGCUCUUGCUAACUUUGUUGUGGAACAAAGAAAUGUGGUAAUUUGGGACAAUGAAACUGAAAAUGGUGGGAAUGAUUUGAAUUGGAGUGAUUGGGUUGAAGAAGUUAAUUUUGAAGGUGGUGAAAACAUAGUUGCUGAUUUCAAUGAACCUAGCAUCGAAGAGGAAUCGCACUCUGCGCCAAUUGUGCAUCCUCAUGAGGACAACAAUGUCAACCCUCCACUGUGCAGUGUAGACAGGUGCAAUCCGAACCUCCCCGCAAUCAAUUUAGCAGCAAUUAGAGACCAUUUUCGAUUGAGAACUGUCCAAUCUGGAAAGCGUCGGUUGUGUGUUCGCUGUUGGCAGCUUCCUUGCCCUUGGAAAGUUCGAGCAUAUAAAGUUGGAUUACAUGAGUUUAAGGUUGUUAAAUACGAUCCACUUCAUGAAUGUGAUCUAAGGUCUGUAAGUAGUCAUCAUCCUCAAGCUACGACCGAAUUGCUGUCUAACUGUGUUAAGUGGAGAUUUCAAGAUUUGCGCAGCAUUUAUACUGCAACUGAUAUCAAGAAAGAUGUGGAAAAAAAUUUCGGUGUGAGCAUAAGCUACUCUACAACGUGGAGAAGCCGAGAGUUAGCUUUCAAAAGAAUUAAAGGGUCUUCAGAAGAGUCGUAUUCCCUUCUCCCUUCCUAUUGUUAUGAAUUGGAGCGUACAAAUCCGGGAACUUUGACAUACAUUGAGACUGAUGCAGCCGAACACUUCCUAUAUUUUUUAUGGCAAUUGGUGAAUGCAUACGAGGAUUUUAAGUCGUCAAUGCGGCCUGUGAUUGCUGUUGAUGCUACCCAUUUGAAGUGCAAGUAUAAAGGUGUUUUGUUUGUUGCGAUCGCAUUUGACAGAAAUCGAUAUAUCCGUUGCCUUCGGGAUUGGGGAUUUGGAGAUGGAUGCAGCUUGGGAGUGGUUUUUGAGAAAACUACAUUGUGCAAUUGGUGA